GGAAUCAGGGAGAACAGUUCUGCCCAUGGCUUUUCUUUUUAUAGAAACAUUUGAGAACUCCGCCUCCACAACCUCAGCUUCAGAUACUGCAAAUUAUAUCACAUUUAUACAUUCCGUUGAUGUCCUUUAUUAGGAGUCCUGAUUCAUCGGGCCAAUUGGCCUAAAAUAUUUUUGGAAAUUAGUGUCUUUUAUUUUUCCCUAAUAAUUUGCCGAUAUUUAUAUCAACAACCCUAGUCACAAAUGGAUUCUUUGCGUACCAAUUUCCCCCAAAUCGAAUCUUUCGCUUCUUUCCGCGUUUGGGGGUUGAUCUGAAUUUUUUUUCAGGCAAAAGUUUCUGAGGGAGAGUGCAGAGUGACAAGGGUUUGAUUCCAGAGGUUUUAGAAAGUCUUGAAACAAUGGGUGGGAGUGUAAAAAUACAGUCUUUGGAGUUCAAGACCAAUAAUAAUGGUUUCGUGUCGAAUUCUCAGUUAGGGCUUCAAUGGAGUCUCAACGACUGCAGCUCCUACCCAGGAGGCGGCCUGUUCGCGUCCGUGAGCCAAAUGGGGAACAAUGAAAACGGCGGCUUUAAAAUACCGUACGCCGACUUACUCGUGAAAUAUGUUUCUCUGCCUGAGGGCUUCAAGAUUUCUGAGCAAGAAGGUAAGAACAAGAAAAACGGGUUCAGGCUUAAGAUUAAGAUUUCGAAUCCUUCCUUGAGGAGGCUGAUAAGUGGGGGAAUAGCGGGGGCCGUCUCGAGAACUGCUGUGGCCCCACUAGAGACGAUUAGGACACAUUUGAUGGUGGGGAGUAGCGGGCACUCGACUAUGGAAGUCUUUCGUGAUAUCAUGAACACGGAAGGGUGGCCGGGGUUGUUCAGGGGCAAUUUCGUCAAUGUGAUUCGUGUUGCGCCUAGCAAGGCCAUAGAGUUAUUUGUUUACGACACUGUGAACAAGAAUUUGUCGCCAAAAGCUGGCGAAGCCCCCAAACUGCCCUUCCCUCCCUCAUUGAUUGCCGGAGCCUGUGCUGGAGUGAGCUCGACUCUCGUCACAUACCCUCUUGAGUUGGUCAAGACACGACUAACCAUUCAGAGAGAAGUCUACAAUGGCUUGGUCGAUGCCUUUGUGAAAAUUUUGCAAGAGGGAGGGCCCGCGGAGCUUUACAGGGGCCUUACCCCAAGCCUGAUAGGCGUAAUCCCAUACGCAGCCACAAACUACUGUGCUUAUGACACUUUGCGCAAAAUCUACCGAAAAGUAUUCAAACAGGAAAAAAUCGGCAACAUCGAGACUCUCCUGAUUGGGUCAGUGGCUGGGGCCAUUUCAAGCACGGCCACUUUUCCUCUUGAGGUGGCCCGCAAGCACAUGCAAGUUGGGGCUGUGAGUGGGCGCCAAGUGUACAACAACGUGCUUCAUGCACUUGCCAGCAUACUCGAGCGGGAAGGAGUAAGUGGUCUGUACAAGGGGCUUGGGCCGAGUUGUCUGAAGCUGGUACCGGCAGCUGGGAUCUCGUUUAUGUGUUAUGAGGCGAUGAAGAGGGUUUUGGUAGAUAGAGACGAAGAUGCAUAGAUCGGGAGAGAGAAAGAGANUUGGUACCAUGCGGUUUAUUUU